AGGCUAUGGGCUGCAAAGGAUACUGGGCACUUGGAAUCAGUUGUUGGACCAUACAAGUUAUUUGAUUCCUCUUUUCGAACACUGCAGGGGUCACGGUGGCUUUCUGAUGAGGUCAUUGAUGCAUACCUGCACCAUGUCAUUGAGAGAUGAAAGAAUGCUGUACACCUGCUCUGUUCAGUAGUUUCAAGCUCGUUGUUUUCUGGGCAGUUCAGAUGCCUCACCAAGAUGAAGUUCCCAGUUGAAGACAUGUGGCUGUGCUCUGUGAACUUUGGUACACACUGGAUUCUUGUGAUUGUCAACAUUCCUGCACAGAAAAUACUGCUCAUAGACCCCAUGGGGAAUGAAGGUGUUUAUGACAGGAAAAUUCUGCGCAACUGGAGGAAUUUUCUGAGGAUGAGAGGGCAUGAAGACACCAUGGAGUGGCAGUUACAGACUAUGCAACACAACAAGCAACAGGAUUCCAGCAGUUGCGGAGUUUUGCUGUUAAAGUUUGCAGAACAGUACCUUGCUUUUGGAGAGGUCAGUGAGGUGUUAACCACUACAGAAGCAGCUGUGCUGGAGCGAAUGCAGAUAGCUUGCACCCUACUUGAACAUCGAGGAAACGCUGAGGACUACUGCAUUGUUUGCUCUAUGUUAGAUGCUGACGCUGACCGCAGCAUGAUUGAAAUGGUGCAGUGUGAAUCUUGCGAAAGAUGGGCACAUUUUGCAUGUGCAAAAUAUAAAGAGAGCAACCAAGAAUACAAAUGCAAAAAAUGUAAGGAAAACACAUAACAACUUCAAAUAAAAACAGCUGUCUUUUC